UCUGAAUUUACUAUUCUUGCAUUUACCAAUAAUCGGUAAAUUGCCCAUUCUCUACGGAAACAUGUUGGUUCCUUUUCUAAGUCAAACAUGGAAUGAGGUAAUUCGCAAGUCAACUCAUUUAGAAAUAGCCUAUAGCUUCCACCUCGAUUAAAACUACUGAGCAGGGGCAGGUCUGAAACUCUGAGCAGAGGAAAUAAUGCAGCUUUUGACUUUAAAUCACAGCGUUAAUGAAGAAUCAAUCGUUAGAACGACUCCUCUUCGGAGCACCUAACAACACCUUGAGCGGCGCACGCCAAACUUUGCGUGGCGCCAGUUUGCAACUACACAAAUUCAGAUGUUAAUCGGUCAUCUGCUUGCCUCCCGAUUUUCGAGGUAGCUUUAUCAGUGUGUUGAAGCGACUCGUGCGUGCGGGUUGCUUUCUGUUUACAGCGACUGCCGACCUAAAGCGGUAAGCUAGAGGAUACUAACUGUGUACAUUCACCCUUUGAGAUGGCUACCCAGGAACAUGCAAAUCAUACUCACCGUAUCGACGGCAAAGGAAUUAGUAAUUAGCAGACGGUGUUCACAGAGAUGAUUUGUUUUUGUCGAAUUAACGUGACCAAUCAAGGACAGGUAAUAUUAGCUACUGGGGCUAACUAAGCGAAGCAUAAACUGUAAACAUGCAUUAUUAUAAUUAUUUCAUGUCUACAAAAACUUUGUCGUUGCUAUAUGAAAUAUUAUAGUAUACAUUUGACUCGAAACACUUGCAUUUCGUGCUGUAUAGGAUAACAUUAUUUGCAAAUACGACCGAUUAAGUUUUCUCCUGAAUUUCGUGUUUAUUCUCUGGACAUCAUGGUUCUGCACUUGAUUCUCCACUUGCUCCCGGAAUAUGCCAAUAGGACCAGAUAAGGCCGACUUUCAAAAGAAGAAAAAAAAUAUCAGCAGAAGUUAUUGUUGAUAUGUUGUCUUGAGAGACGGAACUUGAGCCAAAGAUUUUCUGAAGCGAACAUCGGCUCAACUCUAAGCCAACAAUGAAUGUAGGUGUAACCACAAAUGUUGUAUCCAUGUCACAAUUGUCAUCAUCACCGGUGUCGUCGUCGUUGUCAAGGUCGACGCGUUGAUCAAGCUCGUAACCAUGCCCCUAGUCGGGAAGCACGUAUACCAAUGCUUCAAGAGCUGCUCCUUCGUUCCCUACUUUGAUCCCGAUCCCCUGGAGCAGCUCAGCGACCACUGCAUAUGUGAACCGCAUCAUCUACCAACUCAUCAACAGCCUACAUCGACGACUUCGAAGCGACCGCCGACGUCGUCUUCUUCUACGAAAAGACCACCGAGGGGGAGAUCGGGAGGUGGCAAACUCAAAGGAUCAAGGUUUCCGUCAAUCGCUAGUCUAUUCGACGAGGGGUUCAACGAGUGGUCCCCUCAAGACGACCACGGUGCCUCGAAGAAGCAGAAUGGUCGGACGGCGAUCAGGGGAACGACGACCAGGAGGAAGUCAGAUCGUAAUGCUCCAAAUCUUCAAGGAGAAUACACUUCAGAGAGCAACAGGCAGACUCAGAAGGACUAUCAGACAUUUCGUUUCUAUGAUGAUACAAGCCGAUACAUGGCGGAAUAUCGGGCAAGGCAUACUCAGAGACUGGUUGGGUUUGAUGGAAGCAGUGACCUGGAAGAUCUUACGUUCGGAGAAAACCUUCCCGAUCCCUACAUCUUCAAAACGGCACCAUUUAAGCGAGCUUUCGAGGUCAUGCAGAGUGCAAUGUUGGCUGAACGAAAGCAGGUGUCAAACGGACAAAAGGGCCAAGUGUGUCCUAAUCUAAGCCCAACCAACAAUGAACGUCACCAAUGGCGUCCAUCUGAUGUCAAACACCUUCCUGGUCUGACCACGCAGCCUAUCUUCGCGACCAACGUCGACGCCGUGUGCGCUGGAAUGCGACAUGUGGGGCAAGACGUCUUCAAACCUAUACCGCUGCCUCAGAAACGCCGCCCCGAUAACUCGACAUCCAAUAGCAUACGAUCUCUCGCAUCGCGCCAAAACAAGGCAGAAGAAAAGGCGGCCGCCGGUGAUAAACUUGAAAUGGCGCUGGCGCAAAGUCGUCUGGCAAUGCGUGAUCGUCUUGACUUCAACGAAGAGCAAUCCAUCCUGUCUCGCAAAUCAUCAUCAUCGUCAAUGCGCAGCCCGGAUAAUCUUUCAAUCAAAACGACCACGUUAUCGACGAUCACGUCGUCAACGGCGAAGUCGAAGGCGGACUGGAUGGCGCUGCCGGUGGACCAAGGAGAAGCGACGCGAACAAUGUUGCUCUUUUUGCAAAAGGCGAGGGGAGAUGUGGACAGAUCGCGAGAGAAUCGGACGCGUCGAACGUUGCCGAACGGAAAAAGCAUUGCCGACGAGACGUCGACAACGGAGAAGCAAAGAUUCACAGCUAUGCUCUGCAGAGAGAGCGAGAAGAGGAGACUCAAAUCAACUGAAACGGUUAGCGAACCGUCUCCACCGGUUGCUGGGCAACUCAAAAGCGGACGGCUAAAGAUGAAGGUGUUUCGAGCCAGCGGGACAGGAGAUAUCAAGCUUGGGGAAGCUCUAAAAGCUGGGAGAUUGCAUGUCACUGUAGGACUAGGAACUUGAAACUCGCUCCAGGAAUUUGCCAUUUUACUGUGUAUGUUAGCUGAUGAGUUUGUUUGAUGACGAAGAAAAAAGAAGCUGUUCAAAUUUAGAUGAAGAUAUCAUUCGAUUGUGGCAAAUCGAAACAAUUUCGAUGUUUCAGGUUUCAGAGAAGUAAAUACAGUGAGGCAAAACUUGCUGGGAUUUGAGUUGAAAGCGAAUGAUGCAAAAUCAUUCACCAGAAGCAUUUUAUUUUGUGGGGAACAUCCUCUGAAGAAGAAGAAGAAAAGAAAAACACGCUCUACCAUUGUGCUGUUGCUUGCAAAGUGCAGAUCAGAACGGUUGACAGAAUUGAUAGAAUUGAUAAAAUAUGACGAGUUAUCCAUUUGAAAACCUUGGUAACAUAACUUGGCAUACAAUUCAGUCAUUUGUGACAAAUCGAAUAGACAUUAGACACUUAACCAUGGUUCUUUCAACAAUCUGUCAUUUUCUAUAGGAAUAUAAGUCAUUUCUGACAGACUCUUAUUAUGCAUGAUGUUUGUUUGUUUGUUUGUUUUACAACAAUGCUGACAAAGGAUGUGUAUUCUAUAGUAAGUAAGCAACCAGGGGACAGACGGCUUUAAGUCAUAUUCGAAAGAAUUGGUGAUGAGUAUCAAUGCCUUACAAAAAGCCACUAGCGCAUCGACUUAGUUUCGAACCCGUGACCUCCCGUUUACAAGACAAAUGCUCUAUUGCUGAGCAAUCGCGCCUCUUUGAUUGAUGAACUUUUGGAUUUCUGGAAGAUAUUUAAUUUUGUUUAAUGUGACUUACCACAAUAGAAAAUAGAUCGUUUUUAUCGCCAUUUUUCACUAGUGUUCUUCAAUCGUUUUCUUUAUACUCGUUAUUUCCAGGUGGGUGGAAAUAAAGUACAUUGUGGCCAUACAAUUUAUGGGCUUAAAGUCCAAGGAAAGGUUGAGAGGCCAAAUAUGAUUUGAGAAACAGACAUAUCAUUAUAACAAUCAGAUGUUAUUGCAAACUGUUUAAAUUCUUUGAGCAAGACAUGGACUUGCUUGCACGGUCGUAUCUUAACAAAACAAACACCGUUGGGUUUAUUCACGUGUAUUCCUUACAGACGAAGGAAACCACCAUUUAUGAAAUUACUUAUAUUUAAAUUAUGAUUAGGUAAUGCCAUGCCAAAGUUGUUACGUAAUAAAUAAGUUUUGUAAAUUUACUCAAUUGUUUGUAGUUUUGCGACUCUUCAUCUAUCUGAUUGUAAGAAACAAAUUGAUUUAUUUUGGUCGGAGAUGAACUUUAAAUAAAUCAAGAAAAGGACUUCUAAGGAACAGGAUUAUUGAAUCUUUGAUUAAAGACCAUUUUUACAUACCAUACUACGGAAAAGUGAUCAAAUUGUAUUAUUCACUUAUAUUAUGCAUCCUCUAAUGAUUCUUAAUGUACAACCUAGAAAAUAAACUUGUUAGCUGUUUGUUUCUGAUCAGCUUAAUAUACUGAUAUGUGUGCAAUAGUUCAAUAUGGACAUUUAUUUUCUACUUAUUUGAUAAUAUUGUUACGUCAAUACAUCUUUUUGUGUAUUUUUUCAUAGUCUG